AGAGAAGAUGAUUGUUUUUCUCAAGAGCUUAAAGAGGAACUGCCGAGAAGGGAGGAUGGCAGUGCGGUAGGCGUGUGGUUUUCACAGCUUCAAAACGGACAGAGGACGGCCGGCUUCCUGCUUGAGCAGCUUCACCUCGGAGGACAUUUUCGCCGACUAAAGAGCACCAAAGCGGAUCGUAUCAUCUUCAGCCCACUUGGUAAAACGCACAUUCUCAUCUCUCUGAUGACUAGAUACGCUGAUUUCCUGGGAAACAUGAGCCUUUGUUAUAUCCUGGACGGGAUUCUCAUCCUGUACGGCAUCAUUCUCACUGUCCUCUACUGCAGACUGAGGAUGCAACCGGCCAACUACGCGCUUGCAAACCGCCCUGAGAAGCAACCCGCUGAGGGAGGCAUCUAUGCGGUGAGACUUCUCAUUCUAAUGCUUAAAAAGACUUUUAAAAAGGCACAUGAGGGACAAAAAGUGACAGCUUUUCGCUCAGUGGAUGGGUUUGACCUCCCACAGCGCUGACACCUACGAGACCAUCAAAAUGGACAAGAGGCCCAUCAUCUGACGCAGAAAACAUCCGGUGCAAUGAGGACGCUGAGCACAAAAACACAGUAGAAGCUUUGUGUUAUGUUGUGUUGACUUAUGGCAGAUAUUUUUCUAUCUUUUCUUUGUAAAAAAAAAAAAAAAAAAAAAAGCCUUUUUUUUAAAAAAAAACUAUCUCUUGUGUUGUGCAUACAUGAAAUGUUGAAAGUACUAAAUUAAUAUUUAACAGUUUUACUAAUAAAGCCUGUGUCAGUCAGAUGUC